CAUCUAAAAACUCGAAAGAAACACAAAAUCUCAUAAUUCGAUUUGAUUCCAACAAUGAUUAGACGGAUCAGCAGCGGCGUGUUUGAACUCCUGGCAGGAACGGAAUCCGGAGAAGAAGAUGAAGAAACGCAGAAUGAGGGAGAAGAGGAAGAUGAAGAAACGCAGGAAGGAGGAUCAGAAGUAGAAGAGUACAUUCCACUGAGCCAGUCGCCUAGGGUUUCCGGUGGAGAGGUGGAGGAACGGAGAGUUGGCAACCCUGGAGGAGGAGACAAGUGUAUUUCGGGUGGUGCAGAGUGCGGAGGCGCAUCUCAAGGGAAGGAGAGGAGCUGCACCGAAAUUGAUGGCUUGUUCUGCGCUAUUUGUAUGGAAGCAGCUUGGACCACUUCUGCUGAUCACCAUAUCUGUUGUCUUCCUUGUGGACACAUUUAUGGCUUCUCAUGCAUCCAAAAAUGGUUACGGAAAAAUCAAAGUUCAAGAAAGUGUCCUCAAUGCAAGAAGAAAUGUACGUUAAAAGACGUUAGAAAACUGUUCGCAUUGCAGAUUGUUGCUACUGAAGGGAAAGUGCAAAAGACUGCUUCUUGGGGCAAGAAAGAAGCUGAAUGGAAAGAAAGAGAAACUCAAUGGAGAAAGAGAGAAGAUGAAUUGCAAAUGGAAGUUCAACAACUUACUAAGAGGACAAGAUAUUUGGAGCAUUUACUUGGAGAGGCACAGAGUGCAACACUUGGAGAAGUGACUGCCAAUAGGAUUAGAGAUCAAGAAGGACUUUCUCUAGGAUCCAACUUUGACAUAGAGUUUAGCAGAGGACCUUUCGUACUGCUGAAAGAACUGCAAGUGAAUGGUGCACGUUUAUUUGAUGUAGAUACUUCUAGCCAUACUUUAUUAGUGACUCGCCGAAUGCAUGGGCUGGGUGGAACAUCUAUCUUUUCCAGGAUAAGCUUGUUACCUCCAUAUGAAAGAGAAGACAUUUUACUUCCUUCUGGUACUAAAGCAAUCAGAGACCUGCAAAUUUCCCCAUUUAACAGCAACCUUGUCCUUUAUGCAUCUUUAAGCAACAAAUUAGCAGUUCUCAGCACACAAAGUAACAAUGUCGUCCUUGGCUAUGAUCUGCCGGCUGCUGCAUGGUCAUGUUCAUGGGAUAGUAAUAGUUCACAUUACUUAUAUGCUGGUCUACAGAAUGGCUCACUUUUGGCUUUUGAUAUUCGCCAAACUGCACAGCCCAUGGAAUUAGUGAAUGGUCUGACAAGCAACGUGAUUCAUACCAUACACUCCUUACAAAAUAUGACUCUCCCUUUUGGUUCUGGACCCAUACUAUCUGCAUCCUCAGUUGGCCUUUGUCAUUGGAGCUUUGGUGGUGCUCAGGAAAGGCCUUUCUUGGUACCUGGGAUGGAGAAUCAAGGAGCUUGUGUAUCUCUUGCUUAUUGUCAUAGCAGUAAUGACAUUGUUGCUUCAUAUCGCCCACAAUUUGACUUUUCAAAUGGGAUGGCUGUUUCUCAACCUGUAUUAACUCCUACAGUUGGGCAGGCAGUACGAGGUUCCCAUGUUCACUUGAAGAGACUGGGCAGUAACUCUUAUCAGAAGUUGGGCUCUACAUGUGCCAACGUAAAUGACAUUCGACUUUCAAGAUCUACAAUUAUAAAAACACAAAAUAAGACUUUCUUUGCAUCUGGAGAUGAAGUUACAGGUGAAUUAAUCUUGCGAGAGUUGCCAUCUUUUACCACUGUUCAACGUGUUAAGUCAUCAAAGCUUCCUAUACAUGAUGUCAAGUACACUGACGCACUGGGCAGAGGUUUGCUUGGUUGUUUAAGUGAAGGUUCUUUGCAACUAUUCAACAUGAAGUUUUGAAAAAUAGUUUGCAGGGUUCUGAACUUUCCAAAAGGUGAUAGCUCCACAUGGGUUUCUCCUUCCUUUUUGUGGAUGGUGCAAUUGGCCCCAAUUUUCUAGGAGCUCCUUUUUGUUUCACUUUAUGUUUUAAUAAGGCAAGUGACUAUUUUAAGUUCCACUUGCAGAGAUUGUAUCAUAGUGUAACAUAGCAUCAACUGGAUGAUUGAAGUUUUUUAUUUCCAUAGAGCAGUAUAUAUUGACAUGCUUUUUGUUCUUUGCAAGUUAUUUUGGGGCCUCGGAUUUGUGGUGCAAGAGAGAUGAAGUGCAUUCAUAACCAUGCCUGACUGUAUGACUGUAUAAGAGCUCAUCCAUCCACUUCAGACAUUCUGAAAGGAUUUGGCAGGUAUUGAACAAAGAUGGCCAAAGGUUUCACUCCAGGAGGAUCUGCCACUCAACCAACUAAUUGGUGAAAGAAGUGAUCUUGCUUGUUUCAGGUACGCUUUCCAUCUUCCACUAUCUGUACUAAUUUGACAUUUAGAAAAAGAAAUAGAUAAUUUUAAA